AUGGCGCUGCGCUGGGUUUUGCACUCUGAGGAGCGGAGGCAAUCCGGAGGGCGCGCGAUGCUGGCCCGGGUAGCGGCUCUGCGGAGAACCGGCGUCUCCUCCGGCCGGGGCGGCGGGAGGGGGCUGUGGACGGGCCGCCCGCAGUCAGAUACUGACACUAUGAAGCCAUUGGAGGGUGUGAAAAUUCUGGAUAUGACAAGAGUACUGGCGGGACCUUUUGCUACUAUGAAUUUAGGAGAUCUUGGAGCAGAAGUUAUAAAAGUGGAAAGACCAGGCACUGGUGAUGACACACGAACUUGGGGACCACCUUUUGUGGGAACGGAAAGUACAUAUUUUCUCAGUGUUAACCGCAAUAAACGAAGUAUAGCUGUUAAUAUCAAGGAUCCAAAAGGAAUGAAAAUCAUCAAAGAGCUUGCAGCUGUUUGUGAUGUAUUUGUGGAAAACUAUGUCCCUGGCAAACUGUCUGAGAUGGGACUGGGAUAUGAAGAUAUAGAAAAGAUCGCUCCUCACAUCAUCUACUGCUCCAUCACAGGGUAUGGGCAGACAGGUCCCAUGUCUCAACGAGCUGGUUAUGAUGCUGUUGCGUCUGCUAUUUCUGGUCUGAUGCACAUCACAGGGCCUGAGGUAGGUGCUCUUCUAAGAAUAUUCAUAAUUUCCCUUUAUAUUCCAGAGAUAUUUUCCUUUUCAUUAAUCCUUAGAAUUAAACUCAACUUCAUUUUAGAAAGAAACCAGGAAAA